UGUGCAUUGACCAGUUUUGGGGUGGGAGGUGCGUGUUGUGUGUUGUUGUGUCGGCAGGUGUGCGGUUGUACUGGGCACAGCCAGCUCUGGGUGUUGUGUGUGGGGGGGGGACGGACACAGGGGGUGACAUGUGUGUGCGCUGUGUUGGAGGAGGUGUUGUGGUGCGGACCCAGGAGGCUCUAUGUUGGGAACACUUUAGCGUGUGUGUUGAACUGGACGUUUGUGUGUUGAUCUGUGUGUGUUGGCAGAAGAGGGGGGGGUCGUGCUGCAGUGGGUGUUAGUGUCCAGGGCCAGCAGGCUCUGUGUGUGUGUGUGUGUGUGUUUGUGUUCACCUGUGUGUGUGCAGAGGGGGUGUUGUUGUGCAGAGCCAGCAGGCUGUGUGUGGGUGUGUUGAUCUGCGUGUUGUGCAGGGUCAGCGGGCUGUGUGUGUCGAUCUGUGUGUGCGCUGAGGGGGUGUUGUUGUCUAGGGCCAGCAGGGGGUGUGUGUGUGUGUGUGUUGAUCUGGGUUGUGUUGCAGGGGGUGUCAUUGUGCAGGGCCAGCAGGUUGUGUGUUUGUGUUAAUCUCUGUGUUGUGUUGCAGGGGGUGUCAUUGUGCAGGGCCAGCAGGGUGUGUGUGUGUGUGUGUGUGUUAAUCUCUGUGUUGUGUUGCAGGCAGUGUCAUUGUGUAGGGCCAGCAGGGUAUGUGUGUGUGUGUGUGUGUUGAUCUGGGUUGUGUUGCAGGGGGUGGCAUUGUGCAGGGCCAGCAGGGUGUGUGUGUGUGUGUGUGUGUGUUGAUCUGGGUUGUGUUGCAGGGGGUGGCAUUGUGCAGGGCCAGCAGGUUGUGUGUUUGUGUUAAUCUCUGUGUUGUAUUGGGGGGGGUGUCAUUGUGCAGGGCCAGCAGGGUGUGUGUGUGUGUGUGUGUGUGUGUUAAUCUCUGCGUUGUGUUGCAGGGGGUGCCAGCGGGCGGUGUGUGCUGUGCCGAUCUCCACGUUGUGCGGCCAGACUCACACCCGCCCCAGCCCCCGCCUGCGCAGGGGUGUGAUUGGCCGGGGUGUGCACGUCUCUUGGCGCGGGUGUGCGGCUGGGGGAGCUCGUGUCUCGGCGUACGGGGUGUGCGACCCCCCCCACACACACACACCUGGCCCGACCCCAGAUCUCCCCGUCUGGCCUGUUCCCGCCCGGGUGGGAAGGUGACCCCGGCGCUGCGCCCCAAUAGUGAUCUCUGACACCCCGCCCCCCCGUACACGCACCUCACGUCCACACCCCGAACUGGCCCGCGUCCGCCAUGGAGCUGCAGAAGAUGGAGGAGCAGGAGGGGCUGGAGAUGUUAAACGGGUCUGUCCCGGAGUGCGACAAAGCCAGCAGCCUGGAGGAUGGGGACCCCACGGCGGAGGUGACAGCGGCCGAGCAGGAGGGCUUCCUGCCCCACGCCGCCGGCAAGAAGCUGAGCCAGUUCACUGACUUCGAGGGGAAGACGUCGUUCGGGAUGUCGGUCUUUAACCUCAGCAACGCCAUCAUGGGCAGCGGCAUCCUGGGCCUCGCCUACGCCAUGAGCAACACGGGCAUUGUGCUCUUCGUCGUGCUAUUGAUCUGCAUCGCGCUGCUCUCCACGUACUCCAUCCACCUGCUGCUGAAAUGUGCUGGCGUUGUAGGGAUCCGCGCCUACGAAGAGCUGGGUUACCGGGCGUUCGGCCCGGGCGGCAAGGUGGUGGCGGCGGUGGUCAUCUGUGUGCACAACACGGGAGCCAUGUCCAGUUACCUGUACAUUGUGAAAUACGAGUUGCCUUUAGUGAUACAGACGUUCCUGGGCCUGACGGAGAACACGGAGAACUGGUACAUGAAUGGCAACGUGCUAAUUAUCAUCGUCAGCGUCUGUGUCAUCCUGCCCCUGGCGCUCAUGAAACAUCUCGGCUAUCUGGGGUACACCAGCGGGCUCUCGCUGACCUGCAUGGUCUUCUUCCUCAUGUCGGUGAUCUACAAGAAGUUCCAGAUCUCCUGCCCGCUGAACGGGACGGAGCCUGUGACACCCCUCGUCUACUACAACGGGCACAACGCCAGCGCCGCGGGCACCGCCGGGGACGAGUGCACGGCCCAGACCUUCACCGUCAACUCCCAGACGGCGUACACCAUCCCCAUCUUGGCUUUUGCAUUCGUCUGUCACCCAGAGGUGCUGCCCAUCUACACAGAGCUACGCAGGGCCUCGAAGCGGCGCAUGCAGAAUGUGGCGAACGUCUCCAUCCUGGCCAUGUUCGUCAUGUACCUGCUGACGGCCAUCUUCGGCUACCUCACCUUCUACGGGAACGUCGAGUCGGAAAUGCUGCACACGUACAGUGAGGUGGAUCCCCUGGACCGGCUCAUCCUCUGCGUCCGACUGGCCGUGCUGAUGGCCGUCACGCUGACGGUGCCCGUGGUGCUCUUCCCGAUCCGCAGAGCCAUCCAGCAGCUACUCUUCCAUGGGAAGGAUUUUAGCUGGAUUCGACAUGUGAGCAUCGCUAUCGGCCUUCUGUUCGUUGUCAAUCUCCUCGUCAUCUUUGUCCCCAACAUCCGGGAUAUCUUUGGAGUCAUUGGCGCCACCUCCGCCCCCAGUCUCAUCUUCAUCCUCCCCAGCAUCUUCUACCUCCGCAUCGUUCCCAAUGAAAAAGAACCGCUGAGAUCCAGGCCAAAAAUCCAGGCCGCCUGUUUUGCUGCCCUCGGCUUCAUCUUCAUGGUGAUGAGUCUCAGCUUCAUCGUGGCUGACUGGGUGACGACCGGCCGGAGCAGAGGUGGGGGGCACUGACCCGCCCCCCCAUCCCCCGGCACAGACACAUGGACCCCACUGGGCCAGCUCGGGGGGCCCAGACGUCACUGGGGCAAGGGCACCACCACCUCCCACUGGCUCUCGCUCCGCUGCAGCCGUGGCAACGCUGAGACCAGUGCUAGGGCCCGCCCAUUGGCCAACUGUCACCAUGGCAACGCUACAGACCCUGGCAGCAACUGGUGUCCAUGGGAACGGCGCCAGUGCUCUUCCAUUGACUGUUACCGUGGCAAUGCUACAGCACCUGGUUUCCAUGGAAAUGGUGCGAAGGCCCUUCCAUCGGCCACCUGUUACCGCGGCAACGCUACAGCUCCUGGCAGCGACUGGUGUCCAUGGGAACGGUGCCAAGGUCCUUCCAUCGGUCGACUGUUACCGCGGCAACGCUGCAGCUCCCGGCAGUGACUGGUUUCCAUGGGAGUGGCGCUAAGGCCCUCCUAUUUGCGCCCUGUAGUCAUGGCAGCCUCCCAUUUCCAUGGGACAAAGGUCCUGAUUGGGCCAUUGGUGCCAUGGCAAUGGCAGGUUCCCCACGACUACUGAGUCCCCUGACUACAGCGCAACCGGCUUCUCCUUAGCUCCCUGUCGCCGUGGCAAUGCGGCAGGUCCCCAGGGGAACAACACCAGGCCUUUGUUGCCGUGAUAACGCUUUGGUUACUGCUGGAGUGGGUGGGUGGGGGAUCCCAUAGCAACAGUUCCCUCCAGACAAUGCCUCCCACCUCUUUGGUUCCCAUGGAGACAGGAACACCCCCUCUCUCCCGCUUGUACUCAUUCCCUGGCGUCAGUCGAAGAGGGACUGUGAAUCUGACUGUGCCAGGGCGGGGGCUGGGUGAGUCCAUGGUGCUCCCUGGACGACAAUCUAAUUUAUUGCUCUUAUUUAAUUUGGAGCCAGCAGCCAGACCAAAGAGCGAUGCCGGUCUCACUGUUGGGGCUAGUAUCGUGACACCCCCCCCAGGAUUCCUGGGUCCCUUCCCCGGCUCCAGGAGGGGAGUGAGGUCCAGUGGUUAUAGCUGGGGGGGGAGGGGUUGGGAGCCAGGACUCCUGGGUCCUAUCCCCAGCGACGGGGCCGCGGACCGUCCACUUUUUGUGCCUCAGUUUCCCCACCAGGAGAUAGGGGCGCGUUCCCAUCCUGCUGAGGAUUAACCCUCGAGCGUCUGGAUUCUCCAGGGCUGGAGGAGAUGCUGUUACUGUUACAGCAAUGGGGGAGGUAGGGGUGAGCGUCCCAUGGAGCCUCAGGACUCCUGGGUUCUUCCCGGGACGCCUGGCUUCCUGAGCGGGGCUGGGGGGAGGGGAAGCCAUGCGCCUUCAGGCCUGUUUUCCACCUGGGACAGGUCCCAGUUGCAGAAUUCACCCCACAUCAGCACCCUCCCCCCACCACACGGGAGGUGUCGGGGCGGGCGUUUAUCGAACCCUGGGUCUCCUUUCUCUUUUCAAACUACCUCACCACACAGAGACAGGCCCAGGGUCACUAACGCUGCUCGCCCCAGCCCCUUCAGAGAGCAAAGGGUUAAGGACGGGGCUGUCAAGGGGGGGGCACCCCCCUGAUCACGGGGUGGGAGGCAAUCCGGGUACAGGCACCCCCUCGGAGCCGGAGAACGCUCCAUCUGCCCUGUCGAGAAAGCCCGGGGCCUCCGCUUCCUCCUCCAGAAACGGCUAGAUCUCACCCCAACGGCUCCUUCUCCCCUCUAGAAAAAUCCUCGUGCCUACGUGUUUUCCUCCAGAAACCGCUAGUUCCCACCCCGGCGCCUCCAUCUCCCCCCUAGAAAAAUCCCGACACCUCUGCUUCCGCCUCCAGAGAUCUCUAGAUCCCGCUCCAGCGCCUCCGUCUCCCCUCUAGAAAAGUCCUGGGGUCUCCAUGUCCUUCUCCAGGAACCUUUCGAUCUCACCCCAGUGCCCCCACCUCCUCUCUAGAAAAAUCCCGAUGCCUCCACUUGCUCCUCCAGAGAGCUCUAGAUCUCGCCCUGACGCCGCCAUCUCCCUUCUAGAAAAAUCCCUUAUGCCUACAUGUUUUCAUCCAGAAACCUCUAGAUCCCACCCCGAUGGCUCCAUCUCUGCUCUAGAAAACCCCGGGGUCUUUGUGUCCUCCUCCAGCGAUCUCUAGAUCCCACCCUGAUGGCUCCAUUUCCCUUCUAGACAAGCCCCAAUGCCCCCACCCGCAGCAGAGCUCCUCCACCGCAGCAGCCUUAGCACUUAAUGCCUCUUCAGCCCAGUGCCUUAACACCCCCCCGGCCUCUGGUGCAGCCCUCUCCCCUCAAAGUAGCCAUCUCCUGCCCCCCAAAUUCUACCCCAACCCUGGCCAUUCUGCCCCGCCGUGGCCCACUUGCCCCCCUGCCCCAACACAGCAGUUAUAUUGGCAGAAAGGGGCCCUAUAGAGAAUCAGGACUCCUGGGUUCUCUCCCUGGCUCUGGGAGGGCAGUGGGGUCUAGUGCUGAGAGCUGGGAGCCAGGACUCCUGCUCUAACCACUCCAAUAGUCCCUUUCUCCAGGGACAGGUUCCCUGGAGCCGAAGGAAACUGACAUUCUGCCAGCCAGGCGGGGAACACCCCCCUGCCCACCACCCAAAAAUUUGGCUACCAUGCAACCAACUCAGAGCGACUGAUCUCUUUUAUUGGGCCCACAGCUGGGGAAAGAGACAAGUUUCCGAACUUCUGCAGAGCUCAUGUCCCUCCCCUGGGAGUCGGGCUGGUAAAAGAGAUUACAUCCCCCACCUUGGCUGUGUCACGUCCAGACAACGCCGCCAACCCCCCACCAAAAAAAUGUCCUUUUCCAGAAGGAGAAACAAAAAAAAAGACCAUUUUGGAAAGCGGGAUUUUUGCCCCCCAUCCGAGGGUCUGAAAACUUGGCUUUUCCCCCUUACUAACUCUCAGGACGUUUUCCAAACCGUCGGGUUUCCUUUUCGGGGCCCGGCGUUGCCUGGGGCUCGGGGACGCUGGUAGAAGCGUCCCGGGUUCAGAUUCUGGGGUGGAUGGGUUCCAGGCCUGGUUAAUUCAGGGCUGGCCUGGACGGGAUAAUCACACUGGGGCUGGCUCCCCCACACUGAAAACCGUCAUCCCGCCAGCCCCUAAAGUUGGUGUCUCGGUCUAUUGAUCCUUUCUGGAUUCACGUGACUCCAGACGCCCGAGGCUUUACGGAGAUAAAAGGGCCCCUUGAAGCAGCUUUUCGGUCAGCACGUCUGGCCCGAUCCUGUCCCCAGUGCUAGUGACAAAGCCAAAAGACCCCCCUGCUCCCCAUUGCAGCAGGGGUUCCCCACCCCCAUGGCUGGAGGGGGGGGGCGAUGCUGUGGGGAGGGGCACCGCAAUGUGAAAGCGAUGCAGGGAGCUGGUGGCUUUUGUAGGGUAGCUCUGGGUUUCAAUAAAUAGCAACCAGACUUUC